UUCGUCUUCCUCUAUAUAAAUCCUAUCCUCCCUUCCCAUUUCCCUCGUCAAUUUCAUUCAUUCACCUUUCCAGCAACCAACUUCCUAUGAUGGCCCAACCACAGGCAGAGUCCCACACCAACAAUGGCUCCUGUGAGCCAUCGCCCAAAAUCCCAAAGCUCCACUUAAACGAUGACAUCUCUGCAAACCCUCCAUUUCUCCGCGUGAAGAAGCUCUCUGAGAAGGCCGUUUUGCCCUCUAGGGCUUCCCCUUUCUCUGCCGGUUACGAUCUCUCUAGUGCUGUGGAAACGAAGGUGCCGGCGAGAGGGAAAGCUCUGGUGGCAACUGAUAUCAGCAUCUCAAUUCCAGAAGGGACCUAUGCCCGCGUUGCGCCACGAUCGGGGUUGGCUUUGAAGCACUCGAUCGACACGGGUGCAGGGGUGAUUGACGCUGAUUACAGAGGUCCCGUAGGGGUGAUACUGUUCAACCAUUCCGAUGUGGAUUUUGAGGUGAAGAUUGGGGAUAGGGUUGCGCAGCUCAUUAUCGAGAAGAUUGUGAUACCAGAUGUUGUUGAAGUCGAGGAUUUGGAUUCCACUGUGAGAGGUGAAGGUGGUUUUGGAUCCACCGGUGUUUGAUUUCUCCCGCCAAUGUUUGUUAUAUUUGGCUUCAUCUAUCAAUCAAUGUUAU